AUGGCCAUGGCUCGCUCCGUCGCGCACCUCUUCUUCCUCCUCCUCCUCGUCUCCACCGCGCCCGCCGUGCGGACCAUCCCCGACGCCGGAAACCUCCAGGAGGCGUGCAACAAGACGCUGUUCCCCAAACUGUGCCUGCAGGCGCUCAAGGACAACCCGGAGUGCCAGGCGGGGCCCGUCACCCCGCGCCGCCUCGCCGAGCUGCUCGUGUACGUCUCCGCCGAGGUGGGCAUGACGGUGGCGGCGUUCGCGCACCACGAGCUCAACGCCAUCAGGGACGACGUGCUGUACCGGUGCCUCGAUACCUGCUCCGAAGACAUCGAGGAGGCCGUGGCGCACCUCAGCGCGCUCUCCCGCGACUUCUCCGACGCCAAGUUCCUCGAGGUCAAGUCCUGGCUCGCCUCCACGCUCGGCGGCACCUCCACCUGCGAGGACGCCUGCAAGGACGCCCCAGUCAGCGAUAUCAAGAACGCAUGCAUCACCAAGAGCUUCGAGUUCGAGAAGCUGCUGCGCGUCACGCUCGACCUCAUCACCGAGGCUUCCGGCUCCAUGUCGGCCGAGGUCGCCCUGCCUCCCUCGGUGGCGGCGUCGGGCGCCAGCGCGCCUUUGCUGUACGACGGCUCGUCCGCUGGCGCCCCUGCCUAUGGCGCGCCGUCUCCCUGGCGGCGGUGCCCCAGCUUAUGGCGCCAGCGGCUCACCGGCACCGACCCUGGGGAAGAGUAUUGCUUCCGACGCGUAACGCGACCGCAUGAGUGA